GAUGAAUGGCAUAUGGAGCUUUACUUAGUUAGUGUUUGGAUCGAAGACUUUGUUGCUUGACUUAUAAAACAAAAUUGAAAGAGUUUUCUUUAAAAUAAAUUGUGUUUAACAGCCAUACUCUGACGUUACAUUUCAAUUUAAUUUAACUUUGCUGAAAUCUCAUUAUUGAACAUGGCAACAUUUCCUGUGUCUUCUGGUGCUGAAGAAAAUGUUGUGGAUAAAGAAUAUUGUUGUUCAAUCUGCAAAGAGCAAAAUACAGAGAUAAAUGCUACUUUUUACUGUAAAAAUUGCAAUAAAUUUUUCUGUGGACAAUGUAUUAAUUCUCACAGUAAGCAUGGUCUGUGGUUCAAUAAAAAAUCUCCUUAUGGAAAGGAUAAAAUAAUGAAGUGGCCACUUUCUAAGAAAAUGGAGAAUUAUCUUUUAACAUGCGAUAUUCACAAAGAUGAAAAAUUAACAAAGUUCUGCCAGGACCACAGUCGGCUAUGCUGCUAUACAUGUGUUGUCCUUGAUCACAGUCGGUGCACUCAGGUUAAAGUUUUCUCUGAAGUCAAAAGGCAGUCAUCAGAUGUUAAGAAAAUGUCAGUCAGAGUUUCUAAAACUCUUUCAAGAUUAAAGAAGCUCCAGAGUUAUAGGGAGGACAACAGGAGAUCUAUGCAGGGCUCCUAUGCUGAAUUUGAGCGAAACAAGGUGAAGACAAUGCGACUUAAUAUACAAUCUUUCUUAGUCCAAUGUGACGACACCUCCAUGAAUGAAACAUUUCAAAACGUGGAAUAUACAGUAGAUGAAAUUCGUCAGAAAGUAAAUUUAUUAUUAACAGAAUUUGAAAAUGGCUCUAUUAAGGAACAGAAAGAAGAGCUGACACUCAAACAAGCUCCUCUCAUCAGUGUGAUCAAAACCUGCAUCAGACAUCAUGGUGAAUUGUUACCACUCCAUGAAGCCAUGCAGAAAGUGAAGUAUCAACCAGAACUCUCCUUAAUAGCCCAUUACAAAUGUCUGGACAAAAUACAACAGUGUGAGAUAUAUAUGAAUGAGAACUUUUCAGACGAGUUGUUCUCUGUGAAAGGGGUGUCUAAGUACAAAGUGAGAAUAUUUAGGGAUUCAGUUACAUGCAGGAUCAAUGCAGUAUGUGCUCUCCCAGAUGGGCAAGUCUUGGUUGCAGACUGCAGUUGGAAUGACAAAGUCAAGCUGCUGAACCAGCAGUACCAGGUGGUGAGUCACUGGGGUGUGUCCCCGCUAUGUGACAUGUGUCUCAUCACACCCAGUGAGGCUGCAGUGGCUUUGGGUGAUCAUGGGGUCCAGUUUAUCACUGUCACCCAGAGCAAGCUAGUUCCUGGCAGGAGGCUUCAGUUACGACAAGACUGUUAUGCUAUUGUCCACCACAAGGGAGACUUGUUCAUCUGCUCUAAUACUGCCCUGUACAAGUACUCACUGAGUGGGACACUGGUCUGCAGACUGUAUGAAGAUACAUCAGCUUCUCAUACAGUAGACAAGUGUGCUGUGAGUCCCACAGGAGACAAGCUGUACAUCACCAGCAGGUACCAGAACAAGCUUCUCACCCUGGCCAGGGAUGGCACACUCCUGGCUACAUACUCAGACACAGCACUAGGUGGCCCAUCUGGUCUACAUGUGACCCCUGCAGGCCAGGUGCUGGUCUGUGGAUGGUGGUCCCACACUGUACUACAGGUGGGCUGGGAGGGGCAGAGUAAGCUGGCUACGCUGGCUACUCAGAAGGAUGGAGUGAUGUGCCCAUUGUCAGUCUGCUACAGCAGCACAACAUCCUCCAUCAUUGUGGGACAGAACUGGGACGACAACAUCCUGGUGUUCAGAGUGGAAUAGUGUGAUCAAUGGCUGCUGAGUAAGGACAACGAUGCUGAGGAUGUGGUGGACAAGAAUAACCUGAAUAUGCAGAAGGAGAGCACCAGCAUUGGUAUCGAGUUGGCCCAGCAUCAGUACCAGUCCAGCAUGCAGGAGAUCCAGUCAAGGACGACCCUUCCCCUCCCCUGACCACUAACUCCUCACUUUUGACCUGCAGCCUCGAAGGAUCAGCAUCGUUGAACAAUUCUGUUCUGCAGGAAAUUCUCAGCACGUCAAGUUUUCACGGGCUCUUCUCAACAACCGCAAUGUCCUGGUCGAGUUUUCCACACUCAAGCCUGGGUAGUUUUGUUAAAUAUAAGCAGUAGAAAUGGUAAAACUAACAGCCAGUGUGCUUGCUCUGGGACAUCACAAAGAAUAUCACAGAAUACAAAGUUGAAUAACUUGUUCCAUUCAUUAUGGGACCAACAGAAAUUCAGCAAGAAACAGGGCAAAAAAUCAAGGAACAAUUGAAGCGAUUAAUUUAGAAGUGUAGGUUUUCCAAAGUAGAUACUUCUGCUGUUGAAAGUUUUGACAGUAAUAGCGUUACGGACGUCUCGGUUUGUCCUCUCAGGCGUGUAAACUGUCCAAAGAGAACACGCUUCUGACGCUUUUGCUGACAAAGAAAGGCAGUAAUGACUUGGCUGUGAACACCCAGAGCACAAUACAUCCUUGGGGCAUGCCUCAGACGCAAAUUCCGCUCAAGAUUAUAAACAAGGCGCAAAAUGUGAAUAUGUCUAGCUUUGUUACGAGCACUUCCCACUCCGAGCCCAUAGGCCUUGUAUUGAAUCGAGGCUGAGAAGGCAUUGACAAAUGACAGCAGUUGUGUUGUGUGGUCCAGUAUGCCCUUCGACUCUCAACCCGACGUUAAUCAGAACUCAAACUCGGCCCUUAGCAAUAUCAGCUCAGCUCCUUGAGCCUCAGGACUUGAUGCAAUCCUUGAUUGGUACCCAGCUUAACAACAGGCUCUUUGGUAAGCUGGUCCCAGAUGCCCCGAGACACUUCCUGUGCAUCGGGGGUAGUUGGCUCUUGGCGCAGGACCUCGCUCAACAAAUCCUUCCAGCAGGGUGCAGCCAGUCUAAACCUGGAGUUUCAAACUUCCCUGCCUAAGGGCCGAGAUUAUCUCAUCCACAAGAGGCUUAUACUCACAAGUUCAGGCCCAGAGAGAAAUGUCCCCAACUACAACUUAGCCCCUACAUCUCAAUAGGAGAGCACCAGCAUUGACUAUUGUGUUGGCCCAACAACAGCACCAGUCUGGCAUGCAUGAGCCCCAGUCCAGGACAACCCUUCCCCUACCCUGAUCCAUAUCUCCUCCCCCAAGACUUCCAGCCUCAAAUUCUGAGCACAUCCAGUUUUCUUGCACUGUUCUCAUCAACCGCAAUGUCCACGUCAAGUUAGCCACUUUCGAGCCCGAGUAGUUUUGUUUAGCUUGAGUGUCCGAGUGGGAAGAGUGUUACAGACACAAGGAGUUAUAUCAGUAGUUAUGGUAAUGCUCAAUCAACAGUCAGUUCUUGCUGUUGGACAUCACUGUGAAUAUCACGACGAAUGAGAAGUUGAAUGACUUGUUCCAUUCGUUAUGGGACAAACACAAAUUCAGCGAGGAACGGGACAACAAAUCAAGGAACAAUUGAAGCGAUUAAUGCAGAAGUGUAGACUGUCCAAAGAAGAUACUUGUGCUGUUGAUAGUUAGGACAGUAGUAGCGUUACGGACCAUCUCGGUUUGUCCUCUCAGGUGUCUAAACUGUCCAAAAGGAAUAUAAAGCUUUUGACGCUGUUGCUGAUGAAGAAAGGCAGUAAUGACUUGGCUGUCAACACCCAGAGCACAAUACAUCAAAGGGGCAUGCCUCAGACGCAAAUUGCGCCCAAGAUUGUAAACAAGGUGCAAAAUGUGAACAUGUCUGGCUUUGUUACGAGCACUUGGCACUUGUAUUGAAUCGAGAAUAGAGAUGGCUUUGAAAAAUGACAGCAGUUUUGUAAUGUCGUCCAGUACGCACUUCGACUCUCAACCGAGUUAGUCAGAACUCAAACUCGGGCCUUAGUAAUAUCAGCAAGUUGUAGAGACGCUCAAACUGAAACAAUUUGUUCCAACAGAUAGAACAGGCGUUGAUUGACUCGUCCGUAAAUGUGACUGGCCUUAAUAUGUUGCUCUCGAAUAAUGUGAACCUCACCAGGAGAGCUGUCUGCGAUUGACGCCAUUCAACAACAGUUGUUGUCGGGAAUUCCCGGGUUUGGGUUGGUGACUUAGGUGUCGGGACUCGCUUCAUCUCUGCAUAUGGCACGGUCGCAGCAGCAGCAGCAGCAACAAGAACAGCAGUCACUUCUGAGUCCGGACAAAGAUGCUGAGGAUGUGGUGGACAAGAAUGACCUGAAUACGUAGAAGCAACUGCUCAGCACAGAAGACGACUGUCUGGUGAAAGGCUCAGCCGUAUCAAAGUUCAGUGAUGUUGGGGGACGUUGCUGUUCCAUGUCUGGGGAUCGCAUCAUGAAGGACAUUUUAGCUGACACUUACAAGGGAGAGAACUCUAGGUCUGCACCAAAAGAGAGAACCAGCAUUGAUAUCGAGUUUGACCAGGAACAGCACCAGUCUGCCUGAAGAAUCCCCAGUCCAGGACGAUCCUUGCCCCCCCCCCCCCCCCUGACCCCUAGCUCCUCCACCCUGACCUCUGGCCUCAAAGGGUCAUCAUAGUUGAAUUCAAGCGCUGUACUCAACAACUGCAAUGUCUGUGUCGAGUUUUCAACACUCAAGACUGAGUAGUUUUGUUGAGCUCGAGUGCCAGAGUGGGACAGACACAAUGAGUUAUAGAAGUAGUUAUGGUAACACUAACAGUCAGUUCUUGCCGUAUGACAUCACAACGAAUAUCACGAAGAAUAAAAAGUUGAUUAAUUUGUUCCAUUCUUUAUGGGACAAACAUAAAUUCAGCGAGGAUCGGGAAAAAAUCAAGAAAAUUUUUACAAUUGAAGCGAUUAAUUCACAUGAGUAAGCUUUCCAAGCAGAAUACUUUUGCUGUCUAUAGUUUGGACAGUAGUAGAUUUACAAACGCGCUUUUGAUGCUGUUGCUGACAAAGAAAGGCAGUAACUACUUCAUUGUGAACACCCAGAGCAAGAUACACCCAUGGGGUUUGCCUAAAAUGUGAAUUCCGCCCAAUAUUGUAAACAAGGUGCUAAAAGUAAACACGUCCGGUUUUGUUACGAGCGCUUUGCACUCCAAGCCCAAAGCACAUAGAAUCAACGCCAGAAAAGGCUUAGAAAAUGACAGCAGUUUCGUUGUGUGAUCCAGUAAGGACUCUGAACGACAUUAAUGAGACCUCAAACUUGACCAUAGCACUCACAGCGAGGCCAUCAUGUUAUCUCAGCUUCUUGAGCUUUAGCAAACAUUAUUAGCCAUCAAGAUGAAAACAUCAUUGAAGUGAAAGUCAAAAACAAUCCUGACUCCCUUCGGGCACAAAUACUACAACUUGCUGAAGACAUUCAGCACGAAGAUGUCUUGCGUCAGCCUAGCACGCCUCCUAUCAACUCUUCCAACAGUGGAGCCUUGAGCUAGUUCCUAGCAAUCAUAGAUCGGUACCCUGCUGAAAAACAGGAUCUCUGGUCAGCUGGGCCCAGAUGCCCAGCAACACUUCCUAGCCAAGGACCUUGGGGCAAAUGCUCAACAUGUCCUAUCUGCAUGGUGAAGCCAGUCUAAACCUUGGGCUCCAAACUUUCCUGCUGUGGAGCUGAGAUUACCUCAUCCAUAAGGGACACAUUUCUAGGAUGCGCUAAGGUCCUUUUAUCUGUUCACAGAGGCCUUAUACUCACAAGUUCAGGCCCAGAGAACGGUGUUCCCCAACUACAACACAACCAGUACGUCUCAAUAGAGGACACCCUUCCUGAAAACCUCGCUGAGUGCGACUGCGCCAUAUGUGACCCUUAAGUGAAAUGAGAUUCCAGGCUGAAUGUCAAACCGGUACUACUCAGGUCUCCAGCAAUAGCCUCAGCCUUGGACGCAGUACCAAGCCACGUCGACGCAGCAGCAAAAACAACAGUAGCAGUCUAGUUAAGGGUCACCCCGCAACGUUCAGUGCCUAGCGAUGAAAUCAUCCACCAUUACAUGUAGUUGGUCAGUAAAAUGAGCGUUUUGUCUGCAUAUAAUGUAAAAAGAUUUUAUCAAACGACAUCUACAUUUCUCACAGGAUUAAAUUGAUACUUCAGUUGUUUGAUCCCCAUGAAGUCUUGCUUUGAUUGGUAGAUGGUCAUCUUGUGACAAAGCCCUAAAUUAUCAUUGGUCAAGUCACUUUUGCACAAGAUCAAAUUAAAAACACUGUAUCUCACCACACAUGGGAAUUCAGAGGCUGUGUAACUUAUAUUCUAUUCAGGGUUAAUAACUAACAUUGUGCCCACAGUUGUGUAAAGUUGUGUGAAUAUUUUUGUUUAAAGAAAAGAAUAAAGCAUUCGUAUAACUUGUAAUCAAUAGUGUUCGAUGAAGGAACAAUCAUUUUGAAAAUGACCAAUACUCCAGAAUACAUGUAUGUUUGUCUUUAAACUGAUCUUGGUCAGUGUCUAGCAGUAUCCUUACGACCAAGCCACGUCGCCAAAGCAGCAGUAAAGUUGAGGGUCGCCCAAAACCACCCGGUGCCUUGCGAUGAAAACCUCCAACGGGACUGUGACCUUGCCCUUGUACACACCUAAUGGUCAGGUAUAAGGUCACUUGGGCUUAGAUAGUCACUGCAGUAAGAACAUGUAAGGUUUAAAAGGACAUCCGAGACUGCAAUGACGAAAUGAGUGUCCUCACUUCAGCAGUGGAGGCCAAUACACAAUACGAGAGUUUCCAGCGGCUUACCUUAUCUGAAAACCUGGGUUGCAGAGCAAUGAGUAUGUCCCAGGAGCAUUUGCAGUCAUCGUCUGCAGAUUAUGAGAUUCCCAUGCUCCACAACCCUCAGUCUAUGAACAUCAUGCAGAGCGAACCUUGGACGUACCUUGACGAAAUCAAACCAGCAAAUCAGAAGGACAGCCUGCUGCUACCGUUGUUAUCAUAUUAACCCCAUACCGAAAAAGCUCAGAGAUAUAAAGGCUGUUUAAGAUGUGCUUGUCUCUACAUACCCCGUGUCUGGUGUGAACAUGUACAAUUGAAGGUCUCUACAUACUCCAUGUCUGGUGUGAACAUAUACAAUUGAAGGUCUCUACAUACCCCAUGUCUGGUGUGAACAUGUACAAUUGAAGGUCUCUACAUACUCCAUGUCUGGUGUGAACAUGUACAAUUGAAGGUCUCUACAUACUCCAUGUCUGGUGUGAACAUGUACAAUUGAAGGUCUCUACAUACUCCAUGUCUUGUGUGAACAUGUACAAUUGAAGGUCUUUGCAUACCCCAUGUCUGGUGUGAACAUGUGCAUUUGAAGGUCUCUGCAUACCCCAUAUCUGGUGUGAACAUAUACAAUUGAAGGUCUCUACAUACUCCAUGUCUGGUGUGAACAUGUACAAUUGAAGAUCUCUACAUACCCCAUGUCUGGUGUGAACAUGUACACUUGAAUGUCUGUACAUACCCCAUGUCUGGUGUGAACAUGUACAAUUGAAGGUCUCUACGUACCCCAUGUCCGGUGUGAACAUGUACAAUUGAAGGUCUCUACAUACCCCGUGUCCGGUGUGAACAUGUACAAUUGAAGGUCUCAUCUUUGAAAUUGGGACAGGUGGAAAAUUUAUGCAUUGAUGCAGACAGAAGUCGCAUAAUGACAAAUCACAACAAAAAGUGGAAAUCCAGACAGUCUUGUAGCCAGCCAUGUUUUUAUGUGACCAUCCAAGUUGUGUUAAAAGAAAACAAUAGUUUAUGUUUUAUUGGAACUAUGAUGCUGAUAGUCAUUUUAUGUAAAAGGCUUUUAUGAACUAUAUUUAAAUAAUCAGUAUAAUAAGAUUAAGAUUUCUUGAUAAAAGCAAUAAUGAGCAAUAUCAUUUUAAGAGCAAAAUUAGCAAGUCUAUCCAAUUACAUUGUCUGUAUUAUGAAAUUUUAUUUUGGAAAUGUUAAGGAAAAUAUAUAUAUAUGUCUAUGAAUAUUGAUUUUAACAUUUGUCAAAGCUGUUUAAAUGAUGCUGGUAACUUUGACAAAAUUGAAAGAAAAUGUAUUCUUUUCAUGUAAUGAGACAUGCUUCAGGUUUUUUUUUUGGCUUAACAUGUAAUAUAGAGGUGGUAGUUACACACAUUGUUUAGACAGGUGGAUAAUUUUAAUGCUAAGGCUUUGAUACUCUUAAGUGUGCCCAUUGGUGUCAGGUGUUUUUGUCAAGAAUAUUGUUUAUUAUCUUAGUAUUUCAAGACAAUAUUGAUUGAUUUUAGACAAAAUCAUUUAAUCUUCCUUAAAUUGUCUAUUCUGUAUUUACUACCAGUUAUUUAUUAAUUUGCUUGAACAUGAUUUAAGAAUGACUUUUUUGUUGCUUAAAAUGCUUUAUAUGUUUUAAAACUGAGCAUUUAAAAACGAAAAUAUAGGAUGUGGGAAUAAUGUCUAAAGUUAUGAUAAUUAUUUUUUGUUUUUGUAAAAUUAAUUAUGCCUUAAAUGUUUGUGUAUAGACAUUUAGACGACCAGAUUAACCUGACCAAGAAUUCGUGAUCAAUGUGUAUAUCGGUCAGUACAUUUGUCAUUUGUAUAUAGAGCGAUUGCGAAAUGAUUGUAUUGUUAAUGAAAAUCAUGCGUUUAUUAUUGCCAUUUUGAUUUUCGCUGUUAACAUGUAUUUGUACAAACAAUUUUCAUCCUGUACAUCUUUUAGAUGCCAGAUAAUAAAAACAAACAUUGCUUGUGGGAAUGCUCAUUUAAAACUUUCUUAAUGAUACAGAACAACACAUUCUGAAGAGGCUAAUAAAUUAUGCUUUAGGCAAAAGGAACAUCUUGUUAUUAGUAUAUGUACUGCGUUUCAUUAAAUAAAGUCAACAACUAUUGAAAGAUUGGUUUAACUUUGUUUUGCAUUAUCUUAAGAAAAAUUAAUAUAUUCAACUUGGAAAUCAGUCAAUUGCAAAUCAAGCGAGAGUGAUUUAACAUGCUAACACUUGUCAAUAAUUGAAUUGUCUCUCUUUGUAUGUAAGAUAUAGGGAUGUUGUUGCUUGAAAAACAAAGUUGUAUCCGUUGUUAGAUAAUGCUUUUGUUCAUCUCUCAACAUAACAAGUACAUUCAUACAGUUAUUAAAAAUAUGACACUCUUUAUUCUCAGCCAUCAGUUUGUAUUGGGAUUUUGUGGAAUACUUACUAAACUAAUAUACGUCUGUUUAAUGAAUUAAUAGCUAUGGUACAAUAUGAUACUCAGUGUUACAGUGUGAUAGAUAUAUAACUCAUACAUGUUUAAUAAUUAAACUAUAUUAAAAUUUUUGUAUUCAAAGGUUUCUUUGCGAUUGGUUAUUUUACUUGUUUUUCGUAAUAGUAAAAUUGAACUAAAUUUAUAAACAUAUCCGAAGAGGCCGAUGUAGAGAAACCAUUUAAUGCAGGAUAAAGUGGUGUUAUAUGGCAUACUUAUGUAAAUGUGUAUAUUAUGUCGUGUGUUAAAUCGAUGCAUAUGUUUAGAAUACAGCCCGAAAAUGCUUCCUUUAAACAACAUACUACAAUGCUUAUAUGAUGAUAUUUGAUAGUACGAAACAAAUUAGGAUAAAUGUAUGCUACAUUUUAAAAGCAAAUUUCUAUGUUUCUACAUUGUUAAUAGAAUAUCAUCCAGUAAUCGGAUUGAAGAAACCUCUAAGAUAAAAAAUAUUGUAUUAUAUCUUAAAAUAGAUUGGUUAAAUGCUGAGAAAUGCUUAGAAAACGUUCCAGAAUUAUCUUGCAUGUAUGCUUUUUGAAAUAUUGUUCUCAAAGCGAUCUUCUCCAAAUGUUGGAAACAUACAACUACAACUUUUGUUAAAAUUUUGUAUUUUAGUCUACACUGUUCGUCAACACUUGUAUUGUAUAUAUGUCCUCGUGGGCUUAAAUGCCUUAUUGGAUUGAAAUAAACUGUCUGUCUGUCUGUCUGUCUAUGAAAUGUUUCAAAUAAAUCAUAUUGAUUACAUAGAAAAUAAAAUUACAUUUUGCGUUACUUUGAAUGCAUAACAAACAAUUGUUACCAUACAAUCAUAUUAGUAUUGAACUUAAUUAAUACUCUUGGAUGCAAUUUUUACAAUAAUGUGUUAAUAUUGUCAUCUAUUCCAAAUAAGCAUUGUGCAUUCGUAAAUAUAGGGUGUAUAUAAACUUCUUAGAUGCCUUUUUUAAAUUGCUUGUGUACGUCAUAUUGAUCACGGAGUGUAUAUUGACAGGAGAUGAAUCGAGUAUUUGACCCUUACGGUAGUAAAUUCAAUCUUAUGCAAAAACUAUUCCUCCGAUUUUAUUGGUUUAUACGUUAUCUUGUUGCUUAUUAAUUCCUCUUUCAAAAAAAUAUAACUUUUAGUAUAUUCCCGUUGUUAUUAAUGGAUUUAUAGCGAGUUAAACACAAGAAAUACACAUUUUAUGUUUUACCACCGCGCGUUUUAACGUGUUGUGGCUAUCGAUCUUUUACGAUUAGCGUACAGCGAAGCGCCGAGGUUAUACAUUUUGAUGUACCCACUCACGUCUUUUGUUAAAUUAUAGUUUCAUUUCUCGGCCGAUUUUGACAAAUUAUAUAUCAUUAGAAAGCUUACGUUACGUAGUAAACAGAUAUAUCAA